GGGUACAGAGAAUGGGCCACAGCACAGUGGUUCUCCUUGGGUCGGCUCCAGCCCCAGCAGUCGGAUUUCAGACCUCCCCCUGUGAUUCCAGCUAACACCCUGACUGGUAGGGAUGUUCUUUUGCCCAAGCCUCGCAGAGAUAUCAGAAAGACCUGGAGCUCCUGGGGCAGGAUAAAUACCACUUAUGCAAUACUGGGUGAGUCCUAUCAGUUUUGCUAGAUUUUAAAUUUUGCAUAUAAAGUUGAAUUUCAGCUUGAUGGGUGACCUAUUGAAGAUGUAUAUAUGUGUAGAAUGGCUUUUCUAGAUUGAGGAGCUUGAAAAUGAAGAUGCAGGUUUCAAUUGAAGUUAAACCUUGUAACAGCUGAAUUUACUGAUAAAUAACCAUUAAUGCAGCGUUUAACAGUCAAACUGCAGGAUCACAAAGUCACAAUAGCACAGGAUUGACAAAGAAAGUAGCUCCAACUUGAAAUUGGCAGUGUAUGAAACAAGAGGGGAAAUAGACAAAUAGGGGGAAAAAAACUUUCAACAGAAGAAACAAUACUGAGAAUCACAGUAGAUAAGAGGAUAGAUGUCUUGGCACAGUGCUGUUUUCUUUUUGCAAAAGUAAACUGCUAAUGGCAUGUGCUAUUUUUGUAGCCUUUCAUCUUUAAACCUGAAGUGGAUUGAAAAUUAAAUGAGGACCAACAAAGAGAAGAAAAGAGCCUUUAAACUCAUCUGUUCUCAGAUACCAGUCCAUCAUGAGGAUUAGCUCCUGUCAGUCAACCCUUGUGGCUGUAGUUGUGGUUACACUCGCUGUGGUGUCCUGCGCUGAAGCUAAGACUACUCAGAGGCCGAAGUACCAGUUCACCAAGAAGCCCCUCCCUCAGGUCACCAUACACAGCCCUGUCACCACCAGCAUGCCCAAAGCUCUCAAGACUGUCCCGAGUGCAAAGCCCCAACCGCUGCCCCCCACAGCGAGGACCACCUACCCAAAUCAGGUCUAUCCACAGUAUCACAUGGAGGCCACCGAGCCCCCUGGUGCUGGUCCGGAGAAUUACACUCUAGAUUACAACGAGUGCUACUUCAACGUCUGUGAGUGCUGUCCACCGGAGAAAGGCCCCAGGGGGCCAAAGGGAAACAGAGGCUUGGAAGGGCCCCCAGGUGAUAGAGGCCUUACAGGAGCAGCAGGUUUACCUGGCCAACAGGGAGUCAGUGGUCCUAUGGGGUUGAGAGGAGACAGAGGCUAG